AUGGGCCCACCAAGUCGCUAUAAUCUUUAUUCCACUUCGCGGUCUCGCACUCAAUCCUCCCAGGAUUGUGUCCCGGCAGAAAAUGAGAUCGACACAGCUUCUCUUUCCAACGCUGAACUUGCAAAGCAUUACUUAAAGUCAUUCGCGACUGCCGCCACACCGGAGGAAUUCGCUUCAAGAGCAGAUGCUGUGCUUUCGAGGAGUGUCAACAUCACAAUCAACGGCUCACACCUUUCACGAGCUCUGUACGCACAGCAAUGGGGAGCUUCCUUUGGAGCAACUGGGAGGAUAUUCUUUAAUGGUGUACUUGAGACACCGAACGUUACAAUACCCACGCUGCGUAACGCCGCUCUUGUCGGCAUCUUAUACGAGGCGACAUUCACCACGCCCACUGAUCGCCUGGGCGCUGUCCAUGGGUCGGCUCAACAAGUAACGAUCUCGGUUUCAUCCACAAUAAAUCUUACAAUCGCCGAGGACAAAACACUUCCGUCUUCUUGCAGAGAUCGUAGACGCAUCGUUUCCGUAAACCAGGCACUUGUAGACAAAGAUGGAUUCCUAGUCUUCCCUUUGCGCGACCUAUGACACCUACAUUGUCAUCAUGUAUAACAAUUUCAAGAAUUAAUUGGAUUUCGCCGGGCCACAUUGGAACAUGUCUCUUGGGCUUAAACUAGUGUAUGCAACCGUGAAUCAACUCUGAUUUGCCAGUUAAUGCAUUUCUUUUCAUGUACAACGCUUUGAGAAU